CAAAGGCUGCCAACUAGAACAAUAAUAAAAGAAACAGCGAGAGAGAGAGAGAGAACAUUGUGAAACAAUAAGCUUAAGAGAAGGAGCUUCAGACAAUGGCCACAAUCAGCGAGGAGGUCAACGUUGGCGAUGGGAACGUCGAGUCAACAUCGACGGAGCAGCUAAAGGCCAAAAAGAACAAAUCCAAUUUGUUUCUCAUCAAAUCCUACAGCUUCAUUGAGAAGCCAACCAGCAACAACAGCAACAACAACAACAAUAAUAGUAUACAUAAUAAUAAUAAUAAUAUUAACAAACCGUUGGAUGAGCUGCUGAAACCAUUUCCGGACCUCGCCUCGCUGCUGCUGGUCGCCGGCGAGCAGCCCACAAAGAAGGCGCGCCUCAAGAAGCCCAACAAUAAACAAAAGCCAGCGAAGACGAAGACAAAGUCGAAACGUGGCCAGUCGCUGGAGGAGCAGCUCAUCGGCUCGGAGCUGAUCAGUGAGCAGGAGGCGCAGCUGCUGCGACGCAGUCCGCAUCAGUUUGUGCCGCUGCCGGCGGCACCUGGCCAGCUGGCACGCCCACAGUCGCUGCCAGCCAAGGCGAACGAGACGCUAUGCCUGGCAGCGCAGCCGGCGAAGCGUCGCGGCGGCGGCGGCGGCGGCAACAUCAAACGCGAGUCCUUUCUGCGCCAGAGCCUGCAGUCGAUACGCCGCAGCUUUGGCUCCAAUAAGCAUGCGUCCAAGUUAUCGAUAGCCACGCCCACAGCGACAGCAUCGAGCUCGCCGGGCUCAUCGAAUGCCUCGUCGACAUCAACGACAUCGUCGUGCUCCUCGGCGACGGCCAUUAGCAUGUUGAGCAGAGCCCAGGCGCACAGUCAUCUGCUAGAUGAGUUCCUGCCCACGCCCUUUGUCCUGUUGCUCAACAAUGAUGCGUUGGGUGACCAGAAACAGUAUUUCAACCAGGCUGUGGAUAUGUGCGAUGGCGCGCUCCGGGCUAACAGAUCGACAAGCAGCGUUGUUUGCACAGUUGCAACAGGUGGCAGCAACGGCAACAGCAACGGCAAAUGCGGCAACGAUGCACGUGCAACAGGUUUCAUGGCAGCGCAGCAGCUGCCUGCAGCAGGACAAACAGCUGGUGACAACCCUAGAGCAGCAGCAGCAGCAACUCUAAGCGAACAGCAACAACAACAGCAACAACAGCUGCAACAGCGACGUCAGCAAUACGCUGCACAGUUAUCCCUGCCGGAGACAUUCGGCCCGGAGCACAGUUCCCUGCCCCAGAGCUACAGCAGCUCCGUCGGACCGCUGCAGUCGAGCGGCAGCGCCCAGAGCCUCGCCAGCAGUCCCAGUUCCAGUGCCCGGAACAGUCAAACCCUUGGCCAGGGUCAGGCCAAAGGCCUCAACACGGCCAAGCAACAUGAUCAGCAGGCGUCGGCGGUGGCAGCGAUCUCUUCAACAUCUGCCGGCGCUGCCGCUGCCGCCGCCGCCGCCGCCUCCGCUGCUGCGGCCAGCGCUGGCGUUGCGGCAACAUCAGCAGCUGCAGGCGGCGCAGUUGCCGUAACGCCGCCCGACAAGGAGAAGAAACGCAAGGAAGUCUCCAGUUCGCGCGUGAAAAAGUUUCAUCGCCAUUUCUCGCAGGUCUCCAAAGAUGAGAAGCUUAUCAAUUACUUUUCGUGCGCUCUGGUUGGCGAUAUACCGUUACAGGGCCAUCUCUACAUAACGGACGAGCAUUUCGCCUUCUAUUCCAAUGUCUUUGGCUAUGUGACCAAGGUUGUUAUACCCACAUCUUCGGUAACGAAAAUCUCCAAAGAGAAAACAGCUAAGAUAAUACCAAACGCUGUGGGCGUGGCCACCGCAGAUGAACGCCACGUAUUCGGCAGCUUCAUCAGCCGCGAAUCCGCCUUCCGGCUGAUGUGCAACGUGUGCAGCCAUCUGGCCACAGGCGCCGAAAUACUGCCCAAGCCGUUGCCCGCCGACGUGGAACUGACCGAGGAGUAUCUGCUCGACGACGACAGCAGCUGUUCGAUCAGCGGCAACGAGAGUCCGCCCCAACUGCGCGAUGCCGCGACGCCAGCCGGCGUCGAUCUGCAGCCGCAGAUGCUGCUGCGACAGCGCGCCGGCAGCGACAGGCAAUCCGAUCUGCAGACGAAGUGCGCCGCACUGGACCUGAGCCACGGCCAGGUGACCAUACGCAGCUCCGCGCCGCCCAUUGUCCACUACGAGGAGCCGUUGCUUGUCUUGGGCGGCGCUGGCAGCCGCUCCACAAACUCAUCGGCGUCCACUUCUGCAACUGCCUCCAGCUCCGGCCCGCCGUCCAGCUCCUCAUCGCCCGUCACAGUUGUUGGCGUGGGCGUGGGCGUGGCAGCGGCUGGUCACAUGCCCGCCCGCUCCGAGGGCGGUCGUCUGAGCAGGCUGGGGCAUUCGAUGCGAUCGCAUCUCAGGCUGCGUCUGCCAACGCUCACCGAACUGCACGUACUCUAUCUGGGCAUCAUGCUGGCCAUUAUGCUGGCCCUCUUCUCUGUCUUUCUGCUCUAUCGCAUCCUGGACAUUGAGGCCAAGACGAGUCUGUACAACACGCCAGUCGAUUUUAGCCUGCGUUCGGGCAACGAUGAGGACAUCUUCGCGGAGGCGCUGCGCUGGCAGAAGGAGCUGCAGGACAAAAGCACGGCUGAAGCACAACAUAUUUUAUCUAGGAAUCUGGAGCAGAUAUCCAAGGUGCGCCGCAGCCUGGAGACGCUCUCGAUGCUGAUUCAUGACAGAAGAAACGGUUACGGGCAGCCCUCGACGGAGGAGGAGGCGGCGGCCAGCCACGCCCACAACGAUGGCGAUAUUAGUGACUGAUUUAAAGGAUAACGCCCGGCGCCACUUCCCCCAACCCCCAACCCCCCCCAUCAUCACUCGCCCCUCUUCAGCCGCAACCAACUCUCUCUCUCUCUCUAAAUUUAAGUUUUAGUCGGCUCCGAGCAGGUGAAGCAAAGCCCAAAGCAAACAAUUUUAUAUAGUCAUAGUUGAUAUACACCUAGCUAUAUUAAUAAUAUAUAUAUAUAUUAAUCAAUAAUUCUAGAUGAGAUCAUAAAUAACUGAAACGGUUUUUUUUUUUUUACUAGUCUUAAGCUCAACUAAAUAUGCAUGAGAAGCCAACCCAAAUGGAAAUGUGGAAAUGUGUAGCCAAUAUCUCUAUAUAUAUAUAUAUAUAACUUAAUUCCAUGUGGAAUCUAGUACUAUCUUAUAACUGAACUAUGCCUGCUUUUGCUCCGAUAGAUAGAGAUGUUUAAUGAAAAGGGUUUUACUUUGUUUUUAAGUUUCAUGAAAUAAUUGAAAUAAAAUUAAAGUGCUUAUGUUUCGAUUUUCAAGAUUUCUUACGUUUCCUUUUUUUUUUUUUGCACUUUUAUCGAAAAUUGAACUAUUUGAAAUGUUGUUCCCUUGUAUAAAAAUAAUCCUGUGAUAUGCAUGAUUUAAGUUGGAUUUUGUUUUCUUCUUCUUUCUAUUAGUUAUUAUUGUUUAAUGCUUGCUUGAUUUUGUUGCGUAGUGUAAUUAUGCUUCCCACACAAAACUAUCUCUUUAUGAAAUGAAAACUUUUAUCUUAUGCAAGCUUAUAUGGAAUAUCGAACGAAUUUUGUUGUUUUUUUUUUUUUAUAUAUAUAUAAUAUAAUUAUAGAGCUACAUUCAUG